AUGACUAUGAUGACACCUCCGCCGCUCGAUGUACGUAAACCGGCUGCUCCGUUUCCCCUCUCCACGCCAUCUUUCCCCGGCGACGAUGGAAACCCGUUUCUGGGGAGCCUAUGUUGGCCCCGUGGUCGUGGGGCUACCGCGGUUGCCGCUGGGUCUUAGGAUUUCAUUGGGACGCAUUUGGUUGCCUGCGGGGUGUAAUUCGAUCUGAAUUGUGAUUCCGCGUGACUUGACUUAUCGGUGACGAUCCGGUCUCGUUGCACCCAACCCUGCGGUUUGCUGCAGCCUGGAUCUAUCUUGCUGAUUUGUGUUUAUUUUUUGUGUCUGUCGGCAGCAGGAGGACGAGAUGCUGGUUCCGCACUCGGAUUUCGUCGAAGGCCCCCAACCCAUGGAAGGUUGCCCCGUUAUUCCCAUUGACAAACUGCACAUGAUCCUCGGGGCGAAUUAUAUUCUGUGGCCUUGCACUCGUUCAUCGUUUUUCGCUACUUGUUUCGUGAUGAACCAAAAGCUUGGUCUUUGUCUUUAUUUCAUGAACCAGUUUGGAAUGGGGUGUGUUGGUGUUUCUUCUUCCUCAAACGCUUGUGCUCAUACUUGUUUCUCUUGCUGCAGUUGUAGCCGCACAACCAGAAUCUGCCACCAGUGCAGAGAACCAACCGGUGGAAGAUCCUCCAACAUCUAGAUUUACCUGGACAAUCGAGAAUUUCUCCAGGCUUAACGUGAAGAAGCAUUAUUCAGAUGUUUUCUUUGUCGGCGGAUACAAGUGGUCUGUUGGUUGAUCUUAAAAACCCCACAUUGCGAAUGUUUUGCCGUCAUAUUUAUCUAGCUCACCUUCCCAAAGUGCAAUUAUGGAAGGUAGGAGGUUGCUAAUUAUGGAUGAUGCUCUGUGACAGGCGAAUACUGAUAUUUCCAAAGGGGAACAAUGUUGACCACUUGUCUAUGUACCUGGAUGUGGCCGAUUCAGCAAGCCUUCCCUAUGGGUGGAGCCGAUAUGCUCAGUUCAGUCUGGCUGUGGUGAAUCAAAUCCAGCAUAAAUACACCAUAAGAAAAGGUAUUGUCGCUGGUAUUGAGAUAACAAACUUCCAGAAUCAGUGUAAACUAUUUGAGUCCUUCUGGUUGAGUAUGCUUUCAAUGCUUCUGCCACAUCGUCUUUGGACUAAUUUUUCAGUGUUUAAUGAUUUUUUUUUUCUGACGAGACAUCUGGUUACGAAUGUCUAACUGCCAAAAUCGCUGCCUUUUUGUUGAAUCACAAUCCCUCGUCCAUUGGUGGACUUUGAUUGGUAAAGGUUAGGAAAUUAUCAUUUUCUGCAAAUGAGGGAUAUGUGCUCAGCCUUUCCUGUGUCCAUAAUCAUGAUCUCUGCAUCUUAAUCACCGGAUUUUACAUUCCGACUUCAGUGGGGCAUGAGUGGCUAAGCGUUUUGGUGAAGAGGAAAUAUCUCUGAUCUUGUUCCAUCUUUCAGAUACACAGCACCAAUUCAAUGGCCGUGAGAGUGAUUGGGGCUUCACAUCAUUCAUGCCUUUAAGUGAAAUCUAUGAUCCAAAUAGAGGGUAUCUUGUCAAUGAUACGUUAAUAGUCGAAGCUGAAGUUGCAGUCCGUAGGGUGGUUGAUUACUGGGCAUACGAUUCAAAAAAAGAAACAGGUUAUGUUGGCCUUAAGAAUCAAGGUGCAACCUGUUACAUGAACUCUCUUCUUCAGACUUUGUACCAUGUUCCAUACUUUAGAAAGGUUUGCAGACUCUUCUCAUCCUAUUUUGCUUUUACAUCUUUCAGAAAAGUUGUGCUACCGCAAGCAUUAACUGGAAAAUGAAUCAUCAAAUUGUAUGUUCAGGCUGUGUACCAUAUGCCCACUACUGAGAAUGACAUGCCAUCUGGAAGUAUCCCUCUAGCUCUGCAGUCUCUAUUCUACAAGCUUCAGUACAGUGACAAUAGUGUUGCAACAAAGGAGCUAACAAAAUCAUUUGGGUGGGAUACGUAUGAUUCAUUCAUGCAGCACGACGUACAAGAGCUCAAUAGGGUUCUUUGUGAGAAGUUGGAAGAUAAAAUGAAGGUUCACAUCUGUGCUUGACGUUUUUCUUACGUAGCAUCAAAUAUUUAAAAUGAUAAAAAGUCAUUCUAUCUGCAUUUUUUCAGGGAACUGUUGUUGAGGGUACUAUUCAGCAUCUUUUUGAAGGGCACCACAUGAAUUAUAUCGAGUGCAUCAAUGUGGACUACAAGUCAACAAGAAAGGAAUCAUUUUAUGGUAGUUUUUUUGGAGAUACUACCGACUUAUGCCAAGUUUAGUGAUAUUUUUUUACUGAACCAUUACACUUUAACCCAUACUUUUCAGAUCUUCAGCUCGAUGUCAAAGGUUGUCGAGAUGUGUAUGCUUCUUUUGAUAAGUAUGUUGAAGUCGAACGUCUUGAAGGAGAUAACAAGUAUCAUGCUGAGCAAUACGGCUUACAGGUGCCUGUUGAUCCUUUUUCAUUACAUGACGUUUAUGCAGCAUUUCAAAAGGCAAAAAUAGUUUUUACUUUGCAACACUAAAUGAUUAAAUAACCCAGCUGAGUGAAAAGCUUGGUGUUCAGGUUAUAUUUUGACUCUUUAUAUUUGCUGAAUAAAAAAAAGGCAGGUAAAACAGGACCUUUCAUACUGUUCAACUGGUUGAGACGAAGUGUUAAAAUGGCCGAAAUGAAGGGAUAUGAUUGGGAGAUGUUUCUAGUGAACAUUACUAAGACCGUGAAGUCAAUAACUGAACUAAACUCUAUUCAAAUGAGUCCCAAAAAAAUAUUGUGAUUGCAGAAGCUGUUUUCAGUUAUUAUUUUGUUGCAAUUGUUAGAAACUAUUAUUUUUCUAAUGUGUAAAUAUGUGUUGCAGGAUGCUAAGAAAGGAGUUUUGUUCAUUGAUUUUCCUCCAGUCCUUCAGCUUCAACUUAAACGUUUUGAGUAUGAUUUCAUGCGUGAUACGAUGGUAAAGGUUGGUAUUCAAAUCAUGUGCUACAUGCGACUUGGUUCUUUACUUAGUACCAUAUGAUUUUCUAGUGUCUUUUAUUCAAGUUGAAGUUUGAUUGAUUUGCUCUCAUUAUUUUGCCUGUAAAUGAUCAAUAGUUUUGUUCCUUUCUGAAAGUGGUAGUAUCAUGGUUGAAAAGAGAUAUGGACAUAUGAUCAAUGCACAAUCUAGAAGUACCCUUCAUGCUGCAUUUCUACAGUCUGCACCAAAAUGGUGUAUAACAUGCGUAAAUCCCAACUUCCUCAAAGUCGAGGAAUAGAGAGUUUGGUGUACCAGCUAACGCUUGAGACUUAUUUAACCCUAGUGGAAGUUGUAUCAGAUCUAAUCUUUUGGCUCUUCUGAUAUUACCUUUUUUCUCCACAUUUGACAGCCUUUAAUUACUUCUGAGAUUUGCAUGUAUUGAAUAUUGAUUCAUCUGGAUUUAAAGAGUUACAGCUCUAUUCAAAGCUCUAAUUGAUCCGUUUAUAUUAUAACUAUCUUUCUGAGUCCCUUUUACUAUCAUCUUUCUGUCAUGCAGCACUUUGAUGUUUUUAAGCAUACAACAGUGAUUUUUGAAUUUUUAUGGGCAUUAACAUUGCCCAUAUCAUCUUGGUGUAGUACGUAGCCAUAUGUGUGGUUUUUUGAAAGCUGAUAGUACAUAUUCAUGUAUUCCCGACGGUUUCCUUUGUUCUUUACUAAAUAGGUAGUACUACUUUCCUUUAAAAAAUGACAUUAUUGAGCAUCACUGCUUGUGUAUCGUUUAUAUUUCUCUUUUCUUUUUCGUUUUCAUCUUUGAUUAGAAUUGUCUUUUUUUUCGUGCGAUCAUUUUUUUUGGUUGGUCACUCUUCUUCUGUGACAAUAUUUUCAGAUAAAUGAUCGAUAUGAGUUUCCUUUGCAACUAGACCUUGAUAAAGACAAUGGGAAGUACCUUUCACCGGAAGCAGACAGAAGUGUUCGCAAUCUUUAUACUCUUCAUAGGUAAAAAAGUGCUGAUUAUGCCUGUUAAUUGAUGUUUGGUUGUGUCCUAGAGAAGCUCAAAUAUGUGAUGUUCACCUCGUAGUACACUUAUACAUAGUGUCAACUUGGCGUGUCAGAUAUCUUUGUAUGCUGUUCCACGCCAACAUGCAUUCUCUAUCAGGCAAUACGCUAAAACAUCCUCUGUACGUACUAGUUGGACGUGUACAGAGACUCAGGAAAGACAUUUGAUUUGAAAACAGUGCAAUCCGUAUUAUUUUCAUGGUAGUUUCAUGGAAAAACAUGAUUUGAAAAAUACUCUAGGAAAAAGGAAACGGCUUAGGCAGUUGCACAAUCAAAGGAAUGAGAUCACUUAGGUUGAGAAGAUCUAUUUAUUAAAUUAUUAUUAUUUAUCCUGCACAUUUACAUCAUACAAUGUUUAGUGCCGGAUUAUUUUUACUUCAUAUUAUUGUUGGCCUAGUCCGAGUAUACGAAUCUGGUUGUGGUUUAUCUAUUGAAAGAGAGGAUAUUCUGAUAGAGGAGCUAUCUCUUUUUUGGACAUUCAUAUUUCACUUACAUAGAGAAUAUUCUGAUGCAAGUAGUUGCAGUUUUCACCUACAUAAUGUUUUUUUGUGUUUUUUUUUCAGCGUUCUUGUACAUAGUGGUGGAGUGCAUGGGGGGCACUACUAUGCUUUUAUUCGGCCAACACUCUCUGACCAGUGGUAUGUAGUUGUUUUGCAGGGGCAAAUUUUCUUUUUUUAUAUAAUUCAAGUACUUUAUUUGGGGAUAUGUUCUAAUGUUGUUGAAAAUCAUGGUUGAUCUGAUGUUUCUAGUGUAUCUUUUUCGAAGUUAUAUUAGAUGAAUGAAUAUUUAGUGAAACUAUAUUCUUCUGUUCUCAUGCCUGCUUCCUCUGUACGCCAAUUGCAAGAACUAUUGCCGUUAAUCUUGCCAACUUAUUUUGCUGACUAUAUUUGAAUAUUUCUAGAAAGUUUGAGAAUCCAUUAAUGCACGAUUUAGUUUCUUUGGUGACAAAAUUCUAUUGAGUAGAGGAGUCUCUCUUCAGGUACAAGUUUGAUGAUGAACGAGUAACAAAAGAGGACACCAAAAGGGCAUUGGAGGAGCAAUAUGGUGGCGAAGAAGAGGUAAGGAUGCUUCAUUCAGGACACAUUAAUGAUACUCAUUUUGUUUACUACCUCAUUAAAGAAGAGGUAAAUUUCUAUCAGUUGUUUACUUGCUCAUUUUGUCUGACAGCUGCCUCAGGCUAAUCCUGGAUUUAAUAAUGUUCCUUUCAAAUUUACAAAAUAUUCAAAUGCCUAUAUGCUUGUGUAUAUUCGGGAGAGUGAUAAGGAAAAGAUAAUCUGCAAUGUGGAUGAGAAAGACAUUGCUGAGCAUCUUCGGGUAAGAGAAUAUUUUUUUCCUUUCCUUGAAUGAUUGUAGUUUAAAUACUGCAUCCCAUAAAAGUUCAUCGUUUUGUUUUUAGGUGAGAUUGAAGAAGGAACAAGAAGAAAAAGAGCACAAGAAGAAAGAGAAAGCUGAAGCUCAUCUCUACACCAUUAUAAAGGUCUGGAGAUUAUGAUCCAACUUUCAUUGAUAUUCCAUAUUUUCUUCGUUUGAUGCAGCUGCGCUUCAAUCUUUUUUCUUGAAAUUUAUUUAGGUUGCGAGAAAUGAGGAUUUGGUGGAGCAGAUUGGAAGGGGUAUAUACUUUGAUCUUGUAGAUCACGACAAAGUCCGGAGUUUUCGUAUCCAGAAACAGUUGGCUUUUAACCUUUUCAAGGUAUAUCAUGUGUAUAUACUUUUUUAACAUAGUAAAGUCUCCUUGAUUAGGAUGUUGAUAAUGUGAUUUACUCUGUUUAAACAAUUAUAGUUUGCCAGAGUGAGAAAAUCUCAGAAAGAGGAAUGCUAUUUAGUUUCUCAUUGGCUUAAGAUUUUGCCUGUUCCUUUGGCCGUGAUUUAUGUGAUUAGUCAUCAAUGAACAAGCGUUGGACCCUGGAAAAUACAAUAUGAGCUUUAACUAAUUUUAACAUUGAAUAGAUAUAUAACUGAAUCAUUUGGAAAAAUCAUUUCUGCACUAGAACCGAAUCAUCUUUUUCUUUUUAAUGAUCUGAAGCUGAAAUUUGUCAUCCAUUAAUUUAUUUGCCACCGGUAAUGAUGGUGCUCAUGAACCUGCAUUUUUUUGAAAAUGAUGAGAAAGUUUAAUGUCGUGAAGACCUUUGGUGUCUACGUCUUCAGUUCUGUCUCAGUAAGAUGGCAAUCUUUAAGUGCCCUUUGUAAGUUAAUUGUCUCGGUUUAUCUUAAACAAAUAAUGAAAGCUAAAGUGGUGGGUCGUUGAUUACCUUGUGCAGAUUUGGGUUAUAUCCUCGACAUCCAACUUUCAUUGAAAAAAUUUAAACUGCUGGACCAUUAUACAACAUAUCAAUGCAUAUUUUGAAGUGAAGAAUUUUGCCAAUGGGAGCCAUAACUCUGGUGGCUAUCUGACGGUAAGACAAUCAUGUGACGAUCUGAUGGUUAUGGCAAAAGGAUGGAAGAUAACUACCAUCUAGGAAAAUGGAGGACUGCAAGAGCUAUGAGUAAUACAUUCAACAUCUGUUCAAGAAAUAAAGAAAUCAGUAUAUCCUCAUUUGUGCUGGAGUCCCCAUGUUGUUUCUGUUUACAUUCGCGGCCUCUUGUCCUAGUUCUCAACCUCCCAUCCCCAUUCCUGACCUUUUUUCUCCAUUCUCGUGGUAGCAAGCCCUGAUCCUGACUUCCAAUCUAGCCUGUCAUCCAAUUCAGUUGUCCAUACAAAGCAUCACUCCUGUGGGACUCCCCUCCUUUCUAGAAAUCCGCAUGUCCAGAACCCUAGUACCAGUUCGUGGUCUUCCAAUUAUCCUAAAUCCUCCUUUCCUAGUUGACAAUCCUACUGCGAAAUUUACCUCCUUUCCAGAACCCAAUGCCUAUUUCCUGUCCUGAAUUCCCUUGACUGAUCUCCUAUUCCUAGGACAGAAAUAACGUAGCAGAACAUUGGGACCAUGUUUAAUACAGAUGCCGGUGGAUAUUCCCGAGAACUAUGAAGUUAGUGCAGGAAGGACGUUGGAUCAAAGUGUGGUUAUUCACUCUGACAGGCCCGUUGAAAGGGGAUGUCAGGAUUCAUAUAAUUUUUUCAGAGACUAGUAGGAGUUAAAGAGAAUCUGUGGAGAGUCAACGAACUGUGGGAUGGAUCCUAUCUUGUGCAGAGUGAUACUUUUCCAUGGAGAUCAGAUUUUUUAUGUCAGAAAAAGAAUCUUCAGUUUUAUCUCCUUUUCAACAUGGAAAUCAGAUAUAGCUUCAGUUUUUAUGCUUUAGGGGUAUUCGGUUUGGUGCUAGACUGCAGUGGUCUCCACUGCAUACGUGGUCAUGGAAUCCAUGCGAAGUGUUGCCUAUAUGUCUGGCAUUUGAAAUAGGUGAAUAGCGCAACGGCGAAAGGUGAUAUACUUCGGUGUGGUUUGUACAGGGUAGAAAUUAUUGGGCUUUCUUUCUUGUUUCAACUUAGCGGAAACAAAAUCUGAACCAAUUUCUAACUCCCUUAAUUUGGGGGGUGGGAACCCAGAGCAUGCGAAUGGUGUAGCAUAAGUAAAUGGGAACAGCUGAUGUCAUUCUGUGUACCUGUACCUUUGUGUAUAUCUCCCAUGAUAUUGUAUCGCGAUAAACAUCCAAUUUUCAUGUAGAGAGGCGCAGAUUUAAUGAUAAAUAAGAUGAUUAGGUAAUUUUUGUGAAUGUUGGGUGUUGAUUAUGCUGCACACUGUACAUUGAUUAUUUUUAUUAUUUAAGAAUUGUGUGGUGCUACCGCUGAAAAAAAAACACUUCGUCUGAACAGCUUAGGUUCAAUAUUUUGCAGUACUUAUGGCACUCUCAGUAUAGCUGUGUCGCUUUUAAAUGAACGUAGCAGAGUGCAAUGUGCUUCAGGAACAGGGGUGGCUUGUUUUCUUGUAGAGUGUUGGUAUACCUCAGGAUGAAGUAUGCUUAAUUUAUCUGGUUCUUGGGUAGAGGAAAUUAAUGUUAAAAAAAAUUGAAGACUUAAUCUGUAUCUUAGAUGUAUAUUUUUUUUUCAUUCUCUCUGGUGUUAUGAUCAUAAUCAUGGAUGUUUAGUUACUGAUUCGGCAGUACUUUUUUCACAUGUGUGCAUUUUUGUUACAUGGAUGGGUCAAAAAUGUUGGGCGGGAUCAGUGUCUCAGGAAACUUUACUAGGAAAUUAACAGAAAAAGUGGAACCUUAUUUUAAAAACUAAUGUAAAAUAAUGCUCAGAAUGCACUUAUAAACCACCUGCUUUUCUGGUGAGGCCAUUGGAAUUUACCAUGCACUGGUCAAAGUGUACACACAAAGAGAGCACAUCGCUGGAGUUGGUAAAUAAUGGAAUAGGGAUUUCUUUUGCUGAUAUUUUUUUGGAGAUCAUUUUGUCCAAGUUUAUCUUUGACUGUUUCUGCCUUUUCUUGAAGUAUUUAAGGUCUAUUAAAGACACUGUAUCCUAACAGCUUUUACUACCUUUUUGGAGCAUUAAGGUCAAAAUUCCAUCCGAUUAGUUAUGAGCACUGUUGAGAUUUCUAGGUCAGAUUUUAGAUCCCUUUAGGGCUUCAUCUUGCUCUUAUACAUAGGUGGCUUAACUUGAUGGCAAUCCUAUUCUGAACCUCCCAUCUAAUUUGUUAUCAGAUAUCAUUUACUACAUGUUACACUUGUCUCUAAAUCCCCGCCAGCCCUACCUGCCAAUCUUCUAUUCUAAGCCACCCUUAACAAUUCAUAAUAACCCCCAUAGUUAGUGGGUGUUUCCAUACUCCGUGCGAUCUAAGUCUGGUUUUGAAAGCAAGGCACAAUGGUUGUGAUCCGAAUUCCGGACAUAACCCUCUUGUAAUGACUUAAAGUGGAUAAUUAUUUAGUCGACAGACUUUCAUUUAAAAAUUGCUGGUUUUUCUUAAAAUCAGUCAGAUGCAUGAUGCGUCUGGCAUCACUUUUCGUGUAGAGUUACCCCUUUCUUUCUCGAACUUCAUUUGAUAAGUGAUUCUGAAAAUCACCAAAUAGAAUUUACUUUGGGUUCUUUUCUGAGCGUAAAUAUGAGUUAGUGAGGGGAUGGUCAAACAACUCAGUGAUUGAGAUGCAACUAAAUUGGAAUUGUAGACGUCUUUAUAAUGUUACUGAGACAUAAACGGAUCCUCAAUUUAUUGUCUUCUAGAUUCAUUACGAGGUAGAAGAUUUAUUUGUAGCGCAAAAGUGGUAUAUUCCACGAUGUUCCCUCAGACUGGAGAAUUGAGGAAGAAAUCUGUGCUAAUUCAGAAGCAAUUUUUUUCGCAUGCAUAUUGAUGCUGUGAUCUUUGUUAUCACUGGUGAAUUUUGCACUUUUUGACUUGCGAAGAAAAUCAGCUGUUGAAAAGAAAUGGUAAAGACUGAACUGACGAUCAAAACUCGUUUUUUUUUUUACGACCCUUGGCCUUUUUUUUCUUUUCUAAGCAUUGUGCCGGGGAUGGAAGUGUGAUGUACGAGCCCAGUAUGUUUCCAUCACCUGGCACUUGGUGGGAUGUGUACAGCUACCAUCAGCUUAACUCCUGCAUCUUCGUUUAUUUGUUGUUUAUCUCCCGUCUCUGAUCUAUUUUCCAGUUCUCUUCCAUUCCCUUUGCUAGUUUCCCUGACUCUGACCGGAAAGGGAUAUGUUGUGUCUUGGAUCAGAUGUGAUCUUGUCUCUGAUCUGGUGCUUAUUGGGCGUUGGUGUAUGUGACAUUCAUGCAGAGUUACAUGUGGAGACUUACAGCCGGGUUUUACAGUCCAUGCUAAUGCCUUCAAUCGUUGCAUGUCGGUGAUCAAGAAUCCUUGAGUAGUUGAUACCAUGCUGUAGACAUGAUACCAAGUAUCUUUAUGUGGUUUUUUUUUCUUAUCUUUUCUAUUUUUCCUUGAAACUUUCUGCGACUUGUCGAGGGCCUUUUUCCCUUGGAUCAGAUGAUUGAAUUUAUCUGGCCGCGAUCUGGUUAUAGAGAUCUGGCCUUUCUGAGCUAACUACCUGAUUUGAUUCUGUGCUCCUUAUGCUUUUGGUGAUAGUGAUACAUAUAAAGAGAUGUGCAUAUGUGUUAACAAGAUACAACAUGAAAGGAAAUAAUGAGUUUGAAACAAGCUCAGGCAUUUCACUUUACAAUAUGCAUUGAUCAUAAUUCAUGUUUUCUCGUUAGGCUGCCUUGGAUGAGAAAAUGAUCCAUCUCUCUGUUCUGAUUGGCCUUUUUUCUUUAGUUACCCACUUUUUUACUACAUGGAAUUAAGGGAAAAAAUGAUUUAUUAUGGGGAGAUACUCUCAUGCAAACAGAGCCAUAUUAUGAUUACCAGGGGAAAUAUUAUAAUGCAGCGUAGUUACCAUCUGAAAAUACUGUGUUCUUGUGAUACGCACAUUUUUUGUUGCCGUUUUCAUCUUUUUUGUUUUAAUAGAUGUUUAUAUUGUGUGAUACAUGGAACUAUCGGGUUAAUUUUAUUGGCAGGAAGAGGUGGCCAAAGAAUUUGGCAUUCCAGUACAGUUCCAACGUUUCUGGCUGUGGGCUAGACGUCAGAACCACACAUACCGUCCAAAUAGGCCUUUGACUCCUCUAGAAGAGACGCAAUCUGUAUUUACCUCCACUAUCUUUUCUUUUGAGCUAUUUCUCAUUGUGUAUCAGUUACGAAAUGUUUAUCACUGAAUUUAUUUUUUUAAUCUGCAGGUUGGGCAAUUAAGAGAAGUAUCAAAUAAGGCUCAUAAUGCUGAACUGAAAUUGUUCUUGGAAGUCGAUGUUGGACUGGUAGCCACUUAUUACCUGAUUUCAUGCACUUAGGACUUGAUUUAGUUUCGUUUCUAUUUUUCAAGAUUCAUCUUUUUUCUGCUUUGCUAAUUAGUUUUUUUAAAACUAUUAAGGACAAGAUCCCUCAUUUUCCACCGGAGAAGACCAAAGAAGAUAUACUCCUCUUUUUUAAGCUUUAUGACCCAGAGAAGGAAGAGCUUAGGUAACCGGUUGCCAUAAAGUUGCUAAUCCUAUUUUAAGAAAGUUUUAGUAAAUUUUGAGAUGAUUUUGACAUUUAAUAUCUCACUUAUUUAGGUAUGUGGGGAGGCUUUUUGUGAAGUCUAUCGGAAAACCAGUAGAUAUUUUGGAGAAGCUCAAUGAAUUGGCAGGUUUUGAUCCAGCUGAAGAGAUUGAACUUUAUGAGGUUUGGCUUAUCUACAAUUUCAGUCUUCCUUCGAAUUCUAUUAUGUUUGGCGACUUUUCUACCAUUCAAAUAGUAUUUAAAGCCGUUUCAUAGAUAGUGAUACUGAAACGUCAAUACACAUUCUGAUGUUUAAAUCUUUCAGGAAAUAAAAUUUGAACCAACUGUGAUGUGUGAAGUUAUUGACAAGAACCUCACUUUUCGAUCUAGCCAGGUAUGAAGUUGUUUUUAUUCUAAAUACUUACUAUGAGCUAAUCAUUUCGAGCUUUCCUGAUAGGAGUUUGUUUCUUGUUGCUGAGAUCUCUUCUGAGUUCUGUUCUUCUUGAGGACAGUACGUAUUGUCAAGUCACGUAUGAAGUCUGUCUAAGAGACUUUUUUCGUUUUGUGUAGCUUGAAGAUGGUGACAUCAUUUGCUAUCAGAAGCCUCCCCCAGAAAAUGAUAAAAUGUGUCGUUAUCCUGAUGUUCCUUCCUUUUUGGAAUAUGUACAUAAUCGGCAGGUGCUGUUCUAUAACCUUCUUUUCCAGUCUGCAUGUGCAUAUUUGUGCAAGAGGUGACGAAAUAAGUAGGAUUUCUAGAGGAGAGUGAGAGCAGGAGUGGGCUUGCACAUACCAACUGAUAACUGGAUAACGUGAUUGAUUGUUGCUUUUGGUCAGGCUUUGUUUAGACAUUUUGAGACUAUUUUGUAUGUGACGGGUAAUAUUUUUUAAGUUGAUAAACUAAUCUGACAAUAUGCAGAUUACAAUCGAAUCUUCAUUUAAUUGCAUGAAUAAUUAAAAUUAUUUUCUCUGUCAUUUCUGCCUUGGCUUAUAAUGAAUCUUGAAAGAUCUGAUAUUAUAUUAGAUAUAUUAAUUUUCUGUGAAAUCUAAUUGGUCACUUCGUGAAAAAAAUUAUGAGCAGAUUAGCCAAUAGUAAACGUAUGUAAAUCAUGGCCAGUUUUGUGUUUUAAAUUUACAUGUCUUGGUUUGUCUAGUGGUCCUGACUUGGACUGAUACAUGCAAUGUGGGUAGGUUCAAUAGACAAGUGACUUUAUAGUCAUAUCACGAAAUAGAGGAGUUAGAACUGAUGGAGAGUUUAGAUACUCGUGAACCAGCUUAAGUUGACAGGUAACUGGUACCGAUUCAGAUGGGAGUUGUGCUGUAGGAGUUAGAGUGGUAAUGAGUUCUUACUGUUUAUGAACUCAUGUUGUUGUGAUUAAUAACACUCUUUAAUAUUUGUGCAUUUUAGUUUACUGAUACGGACAUCAAGCUUCCCUGUGAGACACACAGUUACUCCCUGUUUCAGGGGAAUUAACUUCAAUUGGCUAGAGUCAAUCGAAUCUGAACAAGAUGUCUUCAGUGUACUUAUCAAGCCAGUCACUACCGUACAUGGGAUUGCAAACCGAGGGUAUUAUCGCAAAUAGCCCAUGAAAGAGGGGCGAAACAAUAGCUAGACUUUCUAGAGUGCUUCCUCAAAUGUUCUAACGUUCUGUACUCUGUUUACUUUCGAAGUUUGUUGAUUGCCAUAAAGUUCAUCUGUAGAAAUUGAAAUACUAAUUUGUCUCUUCCUCUGCUAUUGCAUUGAAAUGUGAGAGAUGAUCUUACCACUUGGAUUUUUAAUGAUUCAUAGGACAGUUUCCUGAAGCCCUGCAUUAUUGACAGAAUUUCUGGAUAAAGCUACUGCAUUAGAAAUUUGAGUUUUUGUCAUUCUUAUCGAUGCUGUGGAUCCCAAUUUCUCCUACACUUUUUGAGGCAUCAAAUCCAUUCUUGGUUCCUACCUGCUCUUGCUUACUUCCAACUUUGGGGCUAGUGAUGGACGGAGGGAGGGAAUUGGGGUCCGUACUAUGUUUGGUGAUUGGCAUCAGUCGAAGCAGUGAUGUGGUAUGAGCAGGUGGCAUCAGCAACUGCCACCUACUUGCCCUUAUUAUCAUUUUCGUCUCCUUUCUCCAUGGUUGUUAAAGGAGCUAAAAGAUGGAAGUGUUAAGUUGUGACGUAGCAAACUCUUAGCAGCAUAUGAAAAAAUUUAAAUUAGAAGGUUCCAGAUUUAUAAAAGGCGCUUCUACCCUAGCUGUAUGCCAAACACUCUAAAUUACAAAAAUUGUGGAUUUUCAACUCAUUCAAGUGUGGGAUCGUCCAAAUCUGAAAAAUAUUUUUCAAGACUGAUCUGAUGAAGUACGUUUGUUUAAUCAUGUUUGUGGGAGGGGUAGGGAGAGGCAGUUGGGAGUGAGAGAGUGUGAGGGGUUCAAUAUGCAGAAAUGCUGGAAUAGACAGUAUCAAUAUGCAGAGAAAAUGGAGCUGGGGCUAGGAAAGUUGUGGAGGGAAGGGUGAGUGGGGUGAGGCAGGAGUUUGGGUCGUACUCAAUCCAGUUGAAACUGGUUCAGUUAAAACCGGAGAUAAUGGGAUGGUUCGAGUUUAUGGUUUGGUUAGCCUCCAUUCACUAUUCUCAUUUCUUUUCCGAUUGAAAUAAUUGUGAGUAUUUUGAGUUUUCCCGCAUUUGCCUCCUGCAUCCGGUUUUGUUGAUCAAUGCAGAUUGUUCUGCCCUCCCUCUUAGGGGAAAAUGAUCUGCUCUUUUCUAUAUAUCACUCUUCAGAGACGAAAGGGUGAACUUCAUCUAAUGACAGUCAGACAGACAAAUUAUAUUCACACCUCACCACAAUUUUGUUGCAUAUCUUUGUGAUUCGUGUACUAUGAACCUCCAACACUACAGUCUAUUUAAAUCUCAAUACGAUCUGGUGAAUCAGGUUGUCCAUUUUCGUUCUUUGGAGAAACCAAAAGAGGAUGGUUUUUGUUUAGAGCUGUAAGUACUUCCAAUGUCACGAUUAUUUGUUGCCUUGUACAACUUUUUUUUUAAGCUAAAUAUUUUUCUAAAUUCUAUUGCAGGUCAAAAUUAUAUACUUAUGAUGAUGUUGUGGAAAGGCUUGCUCGUCACAUUGGCUUGGAAGAUCCAACAAAGCUUAGGCUCACAUCUCAUAACUGUUAUUCUCAACAACCUAAACCGCAGCCAAUUAAGUAUCGGGGUGUAGAGCAUCUAUCGGAUAUGCUUGCUCAUUAUAAUCAAGUGGGUCAUUUAUCAUCUCUGAAAGAUAUGUUUUUUUCUGUCCAUCACGGUAAACAACUAUCUACAUUCUAAUUAAAUUUUCACUUGUCAGACCUCCGACAUAUUGUAUUAUGAAGUAUUGGACAUACCUCUGCCAGAGUUGCAAUGCCUGAAAACUCUGAAAGUAGCUUUCCAUCAUGCAACAAAAGAUGAGGUUAGUUCGUUGCAAUGUUCCUUCUACCUUAGUCAUUGUUUUACUUGGUGUAUUAACAUUCGAAAACUUUGGGCUAUAUUGAUGAAAAUGCCACGGGUCUUUGUAGGUGGUGAUUCACAGCAUUAGGCUACCCAAGAACAGCACUGUGGGCGAUGUGCUUACUGAUUUGAAGACAAAGGUAACCUCUGUGAUUGAAAUGCUAAAUGAAAAAACCCCUUCUCACUGUUAGAAUAUCAUAUAUUCUUCAUGAAAAAGUGUUUUCCAGUGCUUACAACCUUCUUGUUGCACUUGCUUAUUUCUCUUUUAUUGUCUUUAUUGAUUGCGGUUGCCUUCUGGAAUAGGUUGACUUGUCUCAUCCCGAUGCUGAGCUUCGAUUGCUCGAAGUUUUCUAUCACAAAAUAUAUAAGGUACUGUCUUUUUCAUUUAGAUUUGGUCCAUUCACCGACACAACCCUCAUAUUCCUUUUUUGCCUUUUGUUUCUGAGAGACCUAUUUCUGCAUUUUCAAGUUAAAGUGCAUGUAUUGUCUUAAAACAUAAAACGGGCACUGUUUAAAGCCUGAACAGCCGAUUUUAUUUAACAAAUGCGUAGAAAAUAUGACGACAUUGCGAAAUCUAACAAAUCCUAUGUUGAUGCCUUUUCCAUACAUCAGAGCAACUUAAUUUGGGUUGAAUUACCUGAUGGUAUAAUGAAGAGAAACGAAGUUCUCUCUAACUAGGAGUGAUACACUGAUUAACUGAGGCCUUGUGGAGUUUGUCCAAAGCAGAUACUUUGGGCAAAAAGGAGGCUCAUGCUAUUGUUCCAUAAACCAGGAAUUUCAUUGUAUUUAAAUAAACUCCUUUCAAUUUAUCAGCUUUAUUCGGAUCAUUGAUAGAUUCAUUUUUUUAGGUUAUUUUAUUAACAGAUCAUAAAACUGAGUGGACAGAACAUGAAAUGCUUCAAAUAUUUUGAAUCUAUCAACUUUGGACCUUUGAAUAUGACAUUUUCAUCCAAAAAUAUUAUUUUACGUAAUGGUACAAUUUGUAUGUGCUUAAAUACUGUGAUUCCAUACUCCUGGACUGAUAGUAGCCCUUGCUCUAUUCAAGGCUUCAUAGUUGCAAAAGGUGAAACUAUGCUACUGCGAGUAGCUUUUUUUCUGUUUGCUACAUUGUCCCCAGUGGUUAAAGCUCGACUGUAUCAUAUCAGCUGAAUCGUUACUCUUAGAAACUUUUGGAUCCAACUUUGAUAUAAGCUUCAAAACCUUUUUAUAAUUUGAGGGCAUCAGUAUCAAAAUUUCAAUAGAACGGCAUUUUUUUUUCGCCUAGAAAAAGAACUGACCUGCUGGUAUUAAACAAUGUUUAAUCCCUUUCACAACACAUGAGAACUCGUAUGAACUGAGUUCUCUGUACAUUGCCAAUCUCUACCUUAAACUUUGAUAAAGUUAUGUUAGUUCUAUCUUGGCAUUGGAGAUGGUUCACAUAUGCGUAUUCCUCUUCUUUAUUUUUGUUUAUUUGUAUCCAUAUCGACGUUAGACAUCUUCCAGCCAAAAGAACAUGGGCAAAUCUGUUGAGUUUUAAUUUUCUUUGGUUCACUUCUUUCUCCCGUUUUUCUCUUGAGAAAUAGCUUAGUUAUUAUUUUUUCAUUGCCUGCAGAUUUUUCCGGCCAAUGAGAAAAUUGAGAACAUAAAUGACCAAUACUGGACUUUGCGUGCUGAGGAGGUAAUGUGUGCAUUUAUUUACCGUAUUGAUGAUGCAGUGGAGAUAAUGUUCGAUUUUAUCACGCCAACGCAAGCAUCACCUUAUAUUAAUUUAAUGUUGUGUGCAUUUCAUACACUGACUGUCGUGAUCAUAGAUCCCAGAGGAGGAGAAAAAUCUUGGACCACAGGAUCGGUUGAUUCAUGUCUACCAUUUCACAAAGGAUGCUUCUCAAAAUCAAACGGUAAAUGUGCUUCAAAUGGGUUUAAUACUUCAUACAUAGUUAUAACUUUUAGUGGAAAGGUUCCCCUUCUUAAGCAAGCGGAGACUAUUAGUUCGCAUGAUGGAAUUUUUUUCCUAAUCCUUUUUCUUUGAUAAUCAAGACAAUACCAAGAGAAAUGGGAGGUCACCGAAAUAGGAGGCUGCUGCUGUUAGUAAACAUAUAUAUAUAUAUAUGACUGACAUCCAGGGAAUUCCCAUUUCAGAUCAUGCCCUGAUGUAACACGGCUUUUGUUAUGCAGCAAGUUCAGAACUUUGGAGAACCUUUUUUCCUGGUGAUUCAUGAAGGUGAGACCUUGGCUGUGGUCAAGAUCCGAAUUCAGAAGAAGUUGCAGGUUCCAGAUGAAGAUUUUUCAAAGGUACUGCCUCAUUCUGCUUCUAUCAUUUGGAUAUUCACCAAUGUUAAUGGUAGCGUUCGAAACUUCUAAAGAAAUAAGGUAGAAAUUUUUAGUUACUUAACCUGCAUCAAGCAGAUGGGCAACUGCACUGAUGGUAUCCCUUCACAUUCACCCUUAUGUAGACAGACCCCUUGAACAUUGGUAUUUGAUUUCAUCAGAUUGAAAAGAGGCCAUUUGACUAACGCUAUCUUCCAAGACAUUUCAAUGGGUAAUUGUUUAUGAUAUCAAACAUUUUUAUUUUUAAGGGCAUGACUGGUGUGAGUAACGAGGACAGGAUAGCUGUUUGUAUUACCCCCAAAAUAGAUGCAUUCCAUCAUGCAUGCCUUUGCGUCAUGGGACAUGUUCUGUCUUGGGUUCAAUCAACUGGCUUUCUGUCAUUCUCUGGAUCAUUGGCAAUGGUGGUAUCAAUUUUAUAAAAUGCUCAAUCAAUCAAUAAAACUGUCCCAUAAACUGGGCUUUCUGGAAGUAUCAAUAAUGGAUUUUGCAGAGGAGUUGCGAUUGUUUAUUUGGAGUUGUUCUACAUUCUGGUUGACCUAGCUGGUGCCCAAUGCCUAGCACUACAAAGAGCUCCCUAUCACUGUUUACCCUGGCCACACAAAUAAACUGGCCAGCGUCUGUGGUUUUAGUUUGGACACUCUUUGCUAUGAAUGUUGAUGUUGUUUUUGUAUAUUUGUGAAUCAAAACUGGUAUCUUCUUAAAGAGAUGGAUGCUUUACACAGCACAUGUUCUUCCAUGACUUUGCAUGUAUGUUGCCUGCUUUCAACUGCGUCUAUAUGUGAACACUGACUCAAAAAGUCAACUAAUUCAGAAGUUAAAAAUUAUAUGCAUGAUAUAAAGAUUCCGAGGUGAUGCAUUGUUUUCUAUGAUUUUUAGCAAGUUCGAUCCUUCCCCAUUGAUCUGCGUAUAAUAUUUCAUCCUUUUUUGGUUCAGUGGAAGUUUGCAUUUCUAUCCCUGGGCCGUCCGGAAUAUCUUCAAGACACAGACAUUGUGUCACAUCGUUUUCAGGUACAGUACAAUCAAAUGAUACUCACAUCAUUUCAUCUGGGUGUCUUCCACUGAUUUCUCAUUAAUUCAUCUCAGAGACGAGAUAUCUACGGAGCUUGGGAGCAGUACUUAGGAUUGGAACAUCCGGACACUGCUCCCAAAAGAGCUUACACUGCCAAUCAGGUAUGCUCAAUUCCCAUGGCCUCACAGUGGCACUACUUUCUGUAUCAAUCUGGAAAAGAAAAGACGCAUGACUAGCCAAGAUUAUGAUUUCAUCCAACUGAAACUAUUUAUUGACUGGAAAAAAAAAAAAAAAAAGAUCCUAGAUUUCUCAUGCAAGUUCAGGUGGUAUGACCCGAUAUUUAGAUCCCUGUAAGAUGACUUUUUUUCUCUUGGGAUAUGAUCAUAAUGGGAUUGAGAAUUUAUAUUUUUAUUUUCAAGUUAUUUAUCGGAUCCGAGGGGCAGAUUGUCCAGAGGAUCAUGUUGCAUUCUCCAUGUUCGUCUUCAUCACCUGAUUUUUUUCAUUUUCUUUUCAUCUCUGCUUUCAUCUGUUUCCAGAGCCGCCAUACCUUUGAAAAGCCGGUGAAAAUUUACAACUGA